CGGAUGUAACCUGAGUUACGACAAACAUAAAGAAAAGUAGUUGAUGACAGGUGUUGAAUGUGCUUUCACACCGCUGCCCAUUCAAGCUGAAGUAACCACAGUAGGCUGGUAGGAGAAAUUUACUCGUCCUGUUCGCCAGUUUAUCAAUAUGGCCUCAUGGAAUGCUCAGCUGACUGUGGUGGUGCUAUCUGUGUUUAUCAGCAGCUGCCAGGGGAAAAGGGACAAGGUGCUGUACUGCUCUGCAUGCAGGGCUAUUGUAGAUGAACUGAAUUACUCCAUCAGUCAGGUGGACCCAAAGAAGACCAUCAAUGUUGGCAGCUUUAGACUCAACCCUGAUGGAACCAUGCAAGAUAAAAAGGUCCCCCUGGCUCGCUCAGAGAUCCACCUUAGCGAGAUACUGGAUGGGGUGUGCGAAAGCAUGAGCGACUACGCCCUCCAUGUAGACCCGGACACCCAGCACAAACAAUACAUGAGGUUUGCUCCCAGGACCACUGGCAAAGACACUGCAAACUUCCCAGACUUUAAAAAUUUCCAAUUUGAUGGACCUGAAGCAUCCAACGCCUUGAAAUUCGCAUGUGAAAGCAUCGUAGAGGAGCUGGAGGAUGACAUCAUCUCUCUGUUCAACCAAGACUCAGAACAUGUGCACAAGGAAUUAUGCAACAGAGUGUCAGAUUACUGUAAAGAUAACGGCCAUAUAAAUGAAGAGUUGUAGCAAAUUCUUGGAAGACACUGGGAGAAACAAGAGGCCUUGAACAAAAUCUGUGUUUGACAUCUUUUUAAAUAGAAAAAUAAAAAUAAAAAACACACACUUUGAGUGGUUCUUUUUUUUGAGGUUGGCAAUGAAAUUCAACAAUACAAACCACGACAUAGACACAGUAACAGCACAGUGUUUACAUUUCCUCUUGAACUCUCCAUUUUAACGAAUAUACAGUAAUGAGCUUAAAGAUGGAGAAUCUGGCUUUCUCUGUGACACUAAAAUAAUCUGUGUAGUGACAGGACAUUAAUAAACAAAUAUUACAUUUUAGUGUAGAGUGGGGUGAUCGAGAAAUGUCACUAUGAUACACGUUUUCAUAUUAGUCCAUGUCCAUUGUUUUCAUCAUGAGUGUCAAAUGAUUACCUCUCUACAAUUUAAAGGUUGGCUUGAGGUCUAAAGUCAAAGCUGAAGAAACCGGUUUAUUUCUUCUUCUGCUCGUGUGAAAUGUGUUUAAGUGCAAAAAAAAAAAAAAAACCCCAAAGGUGUAUGUGACAGGC